GGAAGUUAAAAUGCAUGAGGUUUUAGUAAAUGGUGUCAUCACACCUAAGCCAGUUUUCCUGUAGUGUUUCAGACUAGCAGACCAAAGUUUUUACCAGCCAAAAGUCACAAAGAUGAACAGAAGGAUGCUCUGUAUCGCUCUCCUCAUCGCUGUACUGCCCUGUAUGGCAAAAGCAAAUGAAGAACUUAACAGCCCGUAUGAUAUGACAAUGAGUCAUUUGGAUAAGAACUCAGCCCCUGACACCAGCAAGAAUCCCCCCGAGGUGUCACCGUCUUCACCAUGCUGUGGACAGGAUGAGCUAAAGCAUUCGCUCGCCCAGCUAAUCCAGGAAGAGCAGGAGAGCAGGGGCUGGUACAUUGAGAUGGUGAAGAUCCUAAAUCAGCUGGUGCAAGAAAACAAGGAGGUGGCCAGCGUUCAAGUUGAGAUGCUGAAGGUCCUGCGGGCCACCAGCGACCAAGGCGAGCAGCAGCUGAACCAUCUCCAGAGCAUGGCUCGCCUUCAGAGCCUCCUCGUGGAGAACCACCAGGCAUUGCUGCUGCAAGUGUCUCGCAUUGCUACCACACUGCAGGAUUUGGCUAAGAGACCGAGCCAAUAAAUGCAUGGGCAAAACGACCAUAUGAAGCAUUUCGAUGGCAUAUUAUACUUGUACUAACAAAAAGGCACUCAAUAAUAGUUAAAAAAGAAAUGAAUAAAUGAAAUGAAGUUGAUGUAUUGUGUUACUAUCUCGUAUAUAACAUCACACUUGAAAGUCUUGCUUUCUGGAUUGAUUUUUUUGUAUUGUUGUGUGUUACGGUUCAUCUAACCUGUUGCAUGAAGAAAUGUCAAUAAACAAGCUACUGCUGACACCUUUGUUUGGCAUCAAUAAUCAUUGAAUUAAUCAAUCAGUCAAUCAAUCCGUUUCAUUGUUUAUCUAUGCACAGCAUAUACCUAUGGACACUUUUUAACUUUUCUUGAGUUUCUCUGCUCUUCUGUGUGUCUGGGCAGAGUUUCCCGCACCAGUGAUAAAGCUGAACUCCUCUCCGCUGGGUCAGUCUGAGGUGGUCUGGUCAGCUUACAAACCCUUUAUUCUGAGCUGCGAGGGAAAAGAGGAUAUCAUAUGGAAGACAAGGCUCAGGAAAAACCAGUAACACUUCUCACAAAAGACCCUCAGCGUCCAAAAGCCCACUACAGAGUACACAGGAACAUACCGUUGCAGUUACAAGAAUCAAAAAGACCUGUACUCAGAGAUCCACAUAUAUGUUAGAGAUUCGGUCAAAGCCUUUACUACCCCUCAAAGCACAAUAAUAAUUCAAAAAGAAGGCUCAAACUACUUGCUGGACUGCUUGCUGACAAACCCAGAAAGUACUGAGUUCUCGCUCCAGAUGGCGAAUGGAUCUGCUGUCCCAGCCGAGAUGAAUUACACCGCGGAUCCCAAACGUGGCAUACUGAUUCGAAAUCUUCAGCCUAGCUACAGCGGAGAUUAUGUUUGUACUGUCAAAAUGAAUGGAGUCCAAAAGAAGUCUGACAUCUUCCAAAUAACUGUCACAAGAAAAACACAACAGCCACCAGCGGUGUCGCUUCCAGCCAAUCAGUGCGUGCGAAUUGUUGGUGAAAUGCUGCAUAUCCCUUGUUACACCGAAAACCAAGAUCAUUCAUAUAACAUUACCUGGAGCUCAUCAGAAAAGGUACUGAAUUAUGAAAAAAAAAGAGACAAAGGGUGUAAACAAGUGUGCAUCAUUAGUCUUUUGACCAUUCAUCAAGUAAACAUAUCCAACGCAGGGAAUUUAACCUGCACUGGCCAAAAUGAAGCUGGAAGUAGUAGAUAAACCAUAUAUUAAGCUUAAACCCAUCCUGUCCUCUGAAUACAAGGUGAAUGGAACAGAUAUUGAAGUGAUGCAAGGGGAUACAGUUGAACUUGCUGUGCAAACUGAAGCAUAUCCAGAAGUUAAACAGUCAAGUUGGAAAAGUCCCAAAUCAAAUCACACCCACAAGGAGACAUUUAACAGGAUCAAUAAUAGUGACAACUACAUGUCUACAAUCAUGCUGGAAAAAGUUGGAGCUCAAGAUUAUGGUGACUACAUCUUUACUGCCAGGAGUGCAAGUGUCAAUGCCUCAGUUAUUUUUACAGUUCACGUCUACCAGAAGCCCAAUACUUUGAUUAAGUGGGAAAAUGGAAGUGCCACUUGUGUGGCAACCGGUUAUCCAAAACAACCCAGGAUUCAGUGGUUCCAGUGUGAAGAUGCCAGAGCUAUGUGUAGUUAUAACCAAACAUCAGCUGUGGAAUUAAUGGCCACCCAGUCCACUUUGGAGGACGUCAGAGAGUAUGAACCAGUGCUGGUGAAGAGCGUCUUACCAGUGACCAACGCAAAUACUACUUUAACCUUUGAGUGUGUGGACACAAACAUUGCUGGAGAAGAUCAUGAUAUCUUUACUUUUCAAAUUUCAUAUGUGCUCGGUGCUACGUUAGUGUGGCCAACUUCAUGGUGGAUCACUGAUGUUUUCAUUGGAGCCUUGUGUCUGGCCAUAUUAGGGAUGUUGUUCCUCUUCUACAAGCACAGAAAGGCACGGCUGCCAGUAAAAUGGAUGUCACCUGAAAGUAUAUUUGAAUGUCUUUACACGGUACAGAGUGAUGUCUGGUCAUACGGUGUGCUUUUGUGGGAGAUCUUUUCCUUGGGUGUGAGUCCUUAUCCCAGUGUUGUGAUUGAUGCACAGUUCUAUAAGAUGAUAAAAGACGGUUAUCACAUGCCACAACCAGAUUUUGCCCCUCAAGAAAUGUACACAAUAAUGAAAAUGUGCUGGAGUCUGGAACCAACUCUGCGUCCGACUUUUGCCAACAUCAGGGAACUUAUUGCAAAGUUACUGCCAAAGCAAUCCAGCCAGGUGAGGCACACUGUUAGAAUCCUUUACGCUGUUGUAACAGCAAGCAAAAUAUGA